AUGCCGAAGGUUCACGCAGUUGCGGACGCGCUGGUGAUAAAUGACGAGAAUGACCGCAUACUCGAGCUGUGGUUCCGUGCUCGGGCAUCGGUGGAGUUUUGUGAGAAGCACUCGCCGUCAGAUUUCCUCUUCGUUGCGAAUAUUGCUGGACAGGAGGAUCGAAAGACUCUGGCAGGUGCGCUGAACUAUGCGGAGCGUGCCCCGGAGCAAAUUGAUGUCUGCUUUCUUUGCCGGAAGGUGACCUUAUCACUGCCGCUUUUGGAGCUGCUGUGCAACACCUCACACACGGUGCAGUUGUACGCCAGGCCGCCGCAGGAAGAGGCCUUGGACGGAGCUGCACCCACGACUGCGAAGCAGGGGAAAGCAGGAGGAAAGAAGGAUCGUGCGAAAAGAGAGGAAGAUUUUUUUGUUAUUGAAAACGCGGAUCAACUCUUCUCUCUGAGCUUCGAUCUCAUUGAGUUGUUGACACUAUCGUCUACGCGUCGCUCCGUGCCUGUACCGCCGGAUGCUAUGUUACAGGACUGUUUUUUUGAGGUUCGUUGCGGCACUCCGUUUUUGCCGCCAGCCAAGCUAGAUAGAUAUCGUCCGCUGAAGAUUGAGGUUCGCUCCGUUCACGAUCUUCCCAGAAGUGAGAUCUCACAGGACCCUCUCUUUUUGACGGUGAGGUUUGGCGAUACCGAGAUUCGGUCCCCGGAGCUGUAUUUGGAGGCCAAUGGCAAGGUGGGAUUUUGUCGGGUGAUGUUUUUGGGGACCCGGACUCCCUUAGAUGUGUACCAAGAUGUCUUCUUUCGACGGUUGGAGGUUUCUGUGUUCAAAGGGGCGAGAAUUUGCUUGGGAAAGGGGACGGUAUUGCUGCGCGCGGCUGUAACCGACCGACAGCGAGAGUUCAGUGAGCUGGUGUAUCUACUUCCUAGUCGCACCACCGUCUUUCGGGAGGACAAUUGUCUCUCAAAGGGCACGAUGGUUUCGCUACGAGUGGAUUUUUUUACACCACUUCCGUGUCCAACGCAUGUUUUAAGCAAUGGCUUACCUGCGCAUGGCCACUUCCUCACGCGUGGCAUCAUACGAAUGCCUUACGCAGCGAAGUGGGUGCCUAUUGUGUUAGAGGCAUUUAUCGCCACACUACUUCAGCUUAAAAGGGCGUACAAGGGAAGCAACGUGUAUCAAUAUGAGGUGCCCGCACCAGUGCCGGAGGCAGUACCUGUAAAAGAAAAGAAGAAGGAAAGCGGUAAAUCUCCAAGGACUCAGUUGAUUUCACCCCCACGUCCACCUUCUCCAACGGCGUUUGAUGCCCCAUUUAAAAUUGUUACACCACCUGGCAUUAGUGGUUUUGAAGUUAUGGACGACAAUUUAAGGAUUAUUUGCGUAGAGGGUCUGGCCGUGGAGGUUCAUCAAAUAAUUGAGCGACUAAGUUCCGUGGCCGGUCGCAACUCUCAGCUGGAGCUUCUGAUGAAUGCAGAGCUGUUUGUUCCUGCGCGCGCAUAUAACUUUUUUCCACCCUUUGUAACACUGCCAAAAACAAUGAAUGCUGAUGCUUUAAAACUGGGGAUUGGAAAGGGAACAGAUUCUGCUGGGGGAGCAGCAUCCACGGCCGUUCACGGAGGUUUCGAUUCUGGCGGGGAAUUUAUGGGUGAUGCGGUCGAUGUUUCUUAUGUGCCUUCAUGUGUCUCUUCGAAGGAGCCGAACGAGAGUACAGGAGAGCCGUUUGACUCUGCUGGAGCAGAAGCAGGCGGCACGGGAGGCCGCAUUCAUCGCAUACGCAUUGGAGAAACUAUUGAAUCCCUUGCAUCAAAGCAACGCUAUCUACUGCGAAGGAUGCUGUCUGAUGCUUGUGUUAGCUGCUACACAAAGCUUCAUGCCUUGUGUGAGUGUUCUUCACUCCGUACUAUUUUUGAACGGGAUUUGUUUCCUACUGCAGAGGAGCUUAUAGCACUGGAGCGAUCUUUUGGUCUCACAUUGGAGCUCUCUGAUGUUUUUGGGAAACAAGAGUUUGUCAGUGUGGCAGUGGAAAAGGAUCCUGCUGGUUCUUUAAAAUAUGCUGCGGCUGACGAAUCGGGAGACAGUCAUUAUUCAACUAUUAAACUAAAUGCCUUGCGGUGGAAUGAUGUGGGUAAGAUGGUUUCUUUUGAGGCAAGGAAAAUAAUAUUUUCCAAACGUCGGGUUCCUGCAUGUGUGCAGCAACGGUAUCCGGGUGCGUGUUGGAUGCUCACAUCAGACACCAACACAACUGUUUUGUGCGCCUUUCCCACUGGUGCCGAACCCAAAGAGACAAUUCGCUAUCUUGUCGAGGCGCAAGUAGUACGAUGUGGAGAAAUGCUUUGCCUCUAUGCCUUGGCAUGCGACUCACUUGCAAAGAGUUGUACGAAUUCACAUAAUGCGGCGUACGAGGCGUAUCUUAGAACGUCGCGAAAACAGAAAAUGCGUCUCCACUCAAAGAAAGGAGAGGAAAAAUUGGCGAAUUCUACUGCAAAUCGCAUCCGGAACGGAUCUCUUUGUAGCGAAUUCGGCGGUAGCGCUGACAAUGAUAGUUCGGUGGAUUUUCUGUCAUUUGAGGUGCCCGCGGUUCCACAGUCUGCCGUUACUGUUAGGCGAGACUUGGUUGAUCAAAGCCGACGAACCGUCCAGUUGCGAAAGAAGAAGGCGUCAGGGCCGACAGCUGCCGACUACGAGCUCUGUUGGGAGUUGUACCGGCAGAGGGCCCCCACUGUCCGCCCAAAACCCCCAAGAGGCCCACCAAUGCGCUUUUAG